UUAUUUAGGGUUAGGGGUCAGAGUUAGAAUAGGGGCCAGGUUAGACUAACAUGCAUAGAUAGACUGGUUUUACAGUUUUAUGAAGCGGCACACAGGAUUAUCCAUCCGUAUCCCACAAGCAACCUCUGCCACAACAUCAACAUCCGCCGCAACCUCCACCCCACAGCCUACUCAACACUCACAGGUCUCCAGUGAACUUGUUCUGAAUGUUGUACCAGUUCUACAACAACAAACAGUGGCAGAUGUCAUAUUGGAGUUGUCCCCCAGGCCAAGAAUACAGGAGGCGAGUCCUAGAAAAAUAAAGGCUGAGUCAGCUACAGUCCUGACAGCCUCACCCCACAAGAGGUUCCUGGAGGACAAGGCAAAACAACUUUUGAGAGAACUAAGAAAGCAAAAGGAAACCAGUGACACAGAAGAAAGCUGUGGUGCCACUGAAAAAGGUUCUUCCAGGUUCCAAAACCACAACAAACACCCUAAACGAGCUCUUCUCUGUUACCGGUGGGGACUGGAUACGGUGCCAGCAGUGUCAAAGUCCAGUGGUGGAGGUAAUAGCAGCAAGAAUGAUUUUCGACGAAAGUGGGACAAAGAUGAGUAUGAACAACUGGCUCAAAAACGUCUCGAUGAGGAGAGAGACAAGAAAGAUGGCAAGCCAGCGCCCCCAGUUAAGCGGGAACUCCUGCGACACAGGGACUACAAGGUGGACCUCGAGUCCAAGCUGGGUAAAACCAUUGUUAUCACCAAGACCACACCACAGGCUGAGAUGGGCGGGUACUACUGCAAUGUGUGUGAUUGUGUUGUGAAGGAUUCCAUCAACUUCUUGGACCACAUCAAUGGCAAGAAACACCAGAGGAAUCUGGGAAUGUCCAUGCGCGUAGAGCGAUCCUCAUUGGACCAGGUGAAGAAACGAUUUGAAGUUAACAAGAAGAAGAUUGAGGAGAAGCAGACGGAGUAUGAUUUUGAAGAGCGCAUGAAAGAGCUUCGAGAAGAGGAGGAGAAAGCAAAGGCUUACAAGAAGGAGAAGCAGAAGGAAAAGAAGCGCAAAGCAGAGGAGGAUCUUUUCGAGGAGGAUGAUGAAAUGGCUGCUGUGAUGGGAUUCUCGGGGUUUGGUUCAUCAAAGAAAGGCAAAUGACCUAAAGACUUUAUGCAUUUCUUUACACUCUACAACCUUUCCCUUUCAGCUGAUCAAAGUAAACUUUGCUGUCUGUAGUAUUCUAUCAGCCUGUUCCCAGAUGUGCUAAAGCCAGCUACUUGUUGUCAUAAGCACAACAAAAGGGUUGGCUAUAGAGCAAACUGUUCUGCCACCAGGUCGGUAUUCUAUGACUCAUCCCCAAAACCCCCUAUUCUAUUCCCAAACCAGCCUCCCAAAAAAACUAACCGCAUGCUGUACAUACAGUCUGAGGAGUCCCUGAAACUGCUAGGUUUGUGGUUGAUAGAAUGGGAUAACAUGUCAUAGUAAUACAAUUAGUAAUUUAUUGGGAAUUUUAUAUCUGAAUUUAGGGUAAAUGUCCACAGAUGUUUAAAAAAUAAUAAUAACUUACAACAGGUUCCCAUUGACCUUGAAGAUUCUUGUGUGUUCAUUUGCCUACAUUCCACUAGUUGCACUACCUGUUUUUUCACGCAAAUAUAGUGGAUGUUUAUCUGCUAUCAAAGAUGUCAGUUAUUGGACAGUGCAUUUUAUUUUAUUUGACUUUUCAACUGUUCGGCCCCCAAAUAACAACCUCACAACUAAAUGCUUCCCUAAUAAAUUCCACCUAGAAACAUGGGGCAAUUGUGUGUAGUAGUGUUUGCCUUACUCAAGACAUCUGUAAUUCAUACAAUAAAUUGUUUGACUUUG